AUGACUUCUCUGCAACAUGUGAAUCCCAGAGUGAGCGGGAUCAGAGUCUCAGCACACAGCACACUGCAGAGUCUGGCUGCACACAUCACACAACAGAUCAUGACAGGGGCGCAAAAACCCUUCAAAGAGGUGCUGGAUGUGAGCUCAGGUGAUCCCCACAAAACAGGAAUGAAACCCAUUUCAUUUGUUCGACAGGUGUUGGCAGUGUGUCUUUACCCUCAGCUGCUGAAGGACAACAGUCUUCCUCUGGACGUCAGGCUCAGAGCUCAGAGGCUCCUGGAGAUCUGUGAUGGACAAAGUGUGGGAGCCUACUCUGCCACCAGCGGUUUGCUUCAUGUCAGGCAAAGCAUCGCUGAGUUCAUCAUGAGACGAGAUGAUGGAGUCCCUUCAUACGCCGAAGACAUCUUUAUUUCUUCUGGCUCUCAAAGGGCCUUAAUGGUGGUUAUAAAGCUGCUGGACAAAGGGGGGGAGACUCAGACAGGUGUGUUGACCCCCGUUCCUUCCCCACACCACCUUCCCAUCAUACUGGAUGAGACUGGGGUGACACCAGCACCCUACCAGCUGAUAGAGGACCAAGGCUGGGCUGUGCACCUUGAGGAGCUGCACCGAGCUUUAACGGCCGCUAGGAGGCGCUGUGAGCCCAGAGCCGUUUACAUCAGUAACCCUGGCAACCCUACAGGUCACGUACAGGACAGGAAAUCUAUAGAGGAAGUGAUCCGGUUUGCAGCAGCUGAGAGACUCUUGCUGUUAGUGGAUGAGGUCCAGCAGGACAGCGUUCAUGGACACAGCAGAGAGUUUAUUUCCUAUAAGAAGGUUCUGUUUGAGAUGGGAAAACAGUACUCAGACACAGUGGAGUUGGUUUCCUUCCACUCUCUAUCCAACGCCUGCAUGGGAGAAUGUGGUCAGAGAGCAGGAUACAUGGAGGUGGUCAACAUGGACCCAGAGGUGAUGCUGUUCGCUGACACUGUGCUGUGUGCUGAUAUCAGUACUCCGGUUAUCGGCCAACUUGCUCUGGAUCUCAUGGUCGACCCACCGAAACCUGGAGACCCUUCCUGGGACACGCACACACAGGAGAUUCUCCUCAUUCGGACCACUCUGUCCCAAAAUGCUCAGCGAGCUCAGCAGUUCUUCAACAGUCUACCAGGGAUGAGCGGUCAGUCAGUGAUGGGAGGAAUCUACCUUUACCCCCGUCUGCAUUUACCGUCUGAGAUCACUGAGCAGGCCAAGGUACUGGAGGUGGAGGCAGAUGUUUUGUACAGCCGGAGGUUACUGGAGGAGGAAGGUGUGCUUAUAGGAGCAGGAGGAACAACUGACAGCUACCAUCUGAGAUUCUGCAUCCUCGUUCCUCCUCACACCCUGGAGGAGGUGCUGGCUCGCAUCAGUUCUUUCCACCUUCGCCUUUGGGCCGACAUCCGCACCCUGACGGAGGUGUGA